GGAAGCCGAAGUCCACUUUAUUGGGCUCGGCCCUCACGAUGUGGCCCGUCGGCAAGGACGUGCUUGCGCAGGGCCGGCUUAUCGCGACCAAGGCCAAGGCGACGCUCGCGAGUUUGUCGCCGCUGAUGUCAAAGGCCGAGAUCUUCAGCAAGGCCGUGGAGCGUUGCAUGCCAGACCUGGCAGUGACAGACCUGUCCUGGAUCAACCGUGCCGCGGACGCGCUGAUGAACCUCCAGGCGGACUACCAAGCUGCGCUUAGCGGAGGCAUCCAGAUCUACAUUCCAGAGGCGAAGGACACGAUGUUCGUCGAGGGGACUGGCAAGUGGUUGGGCUUAGUUGCGGGAGGAUGGGCGAAGAUUCUGGUGGCCGUGGUGAGGGAAGAGUUGUCUGCCGCUGAUCUUCGGCGUCGGCUACAUGAUACGCUGGAGAUGCGCAAAAUUCUGGCGAUGACGACCGAGUCGAUCGUGUCGGCGCAUCAGCUGUACAACCCAGUCUUCAUUGAUAAGGCCAGCGCUUGCGAGCACGCGGCAGGCAUCGCGAACGCCCUCGUGAAGUGGGGCGAGCUCUUGUUGGCAGUUUCUCCAGACACGGGCGCUUUCGAACUUCAGAACUUGCAGUCAUUGAUGGUCGGCUGCUUCGCGUCCUUCCCUCAGGAUCUUGCUCCCUGGACCUCGCUGACGCCUCCGAGCGCGUUGCUCAAGGCGCCUGCGCUCGUGGAUGGCCCUCGCAUGGACGUCUUGAAGACUGCGAUCAGGAAGAGUGGCGAGACCUAUGUAAACGAGAUCUACGACGCAGCGAAGCAGAUCUUCGGAGAGACCCCGAAGGCCUUCUCCUGCGAGUGCCUGAAGAUGCACGACAUUAAUUUCCUGAUGGCGCUUCGAGUUCAGCUCAACUACCUUGACUCCAUCGCCUAUGCGAUCGGAUGCGCGGCCAAGCUUCACCGGUUGAUUUUGCUGCGAGAGGAGGCCAAAUCAUUCAAGGACUUGCUGCUCACCGAUGACCACGUCACUGCUUGGAGGGGCGCGGGGGUCCGCACGGGGCACCUGCAGAGGCUGAUGGACGACCCCGCUUCAGCUGGCAUGAUGGAGAAGAUCCGCGAGUCGCCCUUCCACCUCGAUCGGCUGGAUGGCCUCCUCGACGUUCUGUCGCGCGGGCGCUCGGUGAUCGCUGAGAGCUCGCGCGUCGAGACCGUGUUCAGGGAGUUCAUGACGAGCGACGUCACGAGGAUGUGCGAGACCAUCGAGCAGAAGGCGCCCACUUCCCCUUCGGUGGGGCUGCUUGGCAACAAGAAAGUCAUCAAGCAGAUCAUCGAGAUGCAGCACUCAACGCUGAGCCAGGUCAGCGCGGCCCUGAAGCACGAGCUGCGGCUGGCCACGUGUUGCCGCCACGUGCUCCACGUGCUGCCUCCAGAGGCCAGCGCACGUGCUGGGAAGGCCGCCGAGUGCGCGCUCGCCACGGUCGCGCUGGGCGCGGUCUUCACUUGCACAGAGGUGGAUUGGCCGGCUACGGAGUUCGAGGACGUGGCGGCGCGCGCCAAGGCAGUGGCCAAGCUCCGCGUGGAGUUGAGCAAGACGGGCUGGGCGGAGACGCCCGAAAUCGGCCAGCUGCUGAACCAGUGGCGCGACGGCCAGUCCAUUGGCACCAGGGACCUCGAGCAGGCCCCAGCUGCGCCGCCCAGGGGCCCGGACACGCAGCACGAGCUGCUGGAGUCCAACCUCAGGGAGGGCGACGACGGCGACAA